AUGGGUGUUCCAGCAUUGUUUCGUUGGCUCAGCCAGAAAUAUCCUAAGAUUGUCAGCGGAGUUAUCGAAGAAAAACCGCGCGAAAUAGAUGGGGUCACGAUUCCGGUUGAUACAAGAGGGCCGAACCCCAAUGGUGAAGAGUUUGAUAACCUGUAUCUUGAUAUGAACGGCAUCGUCCAUCCAUGUUCGCAUCCCGAGGACAGGCCCGCGCCUAAGGACGAAGAGGAGAUGAUGUUGGAAAUAUUCAAGUACACCGAUCGCGUUGUGAAUAUGGUUCGCCCAAGGAAGCUUUUGAUGAUUGCUAUCGAUGGAGUCGCUCCUCGUGCGAAGAUGAAUCAGCAGCGUUCUCGGCGAUUUCGUUCUGCCCAGGAGGCACAAGAGAAAGCCGAAGACAAGGCUGAGCUGGCUAAGAUGCUAAAGGCGCAGGGGACCUACACCGAAGAAGAAGAGGUCGUUAAAAAAGCUUUUGAUUCCAAUGAGAUUACGCCGGGCACGCCAUUUAUGGAUAUUCUAGCUGCUAGUUUACGAUACUGGUGUGCCUACAAACUCAACACUGACCCAGCUUGGGCGAAGAUGAAAGUUAUCAUCUCCGAUUCCACAGUUCCCGGCGAAGGUGAACACAAGAUCAUGGAGUUUGUCAGAUCUCAAAGAUCAUCUCCUGAACAUAACCCUAAUACAAGACAUGUUAUCUAUGGCUUAGAUGCCGAUUUGAUCAUGUUGGGAUUGGCAACACACGAACCCCAUUUCCGCGUUUUGCGAGAAGAUGUCUUUGCUCAAGACUCAAAGCCGCGCACUUGCCAUAUGUGUGGUCAAGCCGGUCAUGAAGCCAGAGAGUGCACUGGCAAGGCCAAGGUAAAGGAUGGAGAGUUUGACGAGAAAGAUAGUGCUCCUGCACUCAAACCGUUUAUCUGGCUUCACGUAUCGGUCCUGCGCGAGUAUUUAGAGGCAGAGAUGUACGUUCCUAGCCAGCCUUUCCGAUUUGAUCUUGAAAGAGCGUUAGAUGAUUGGGUGUUCAUGUGCUUUUUUGUUGGAAACGACUUCUUGCCACAUUUACCUAGUCUCGAGAUUCGAGAAAACGGCAUUGAUACAUUGAUCGCCAUUUGGCGGGAUAAUAUCCCUUUCAUGGGUGGUUAUCUAACCAAGGAUGGUCAUGUUGACCUUGAACGCGCCCAGUUUAUUCUUGAAGGAUUAGCUAAGCAAGAGGAUGCCAUUUUCCGUAGAAGGAAGGAAACGGAGGAUAGAAGAGAAGCUGGUGCCAAGAGGCGCAAGCUUCAGCAAGAGAAUGGCGGCCGCGGCGGUCGUGGUGGUCGGGGCGGCCGAGGUGGCCGUGGUGGUGGUUAUCAAGACUCUCCGUCAAAUGGCAGACAAAACGGUAGGCCCUCAAAGGAUAUUGCCCCCACGGGUCUUCCAAUGUACCUCCCUGGCGAUCCUACCAAAAAUAUGGAGGCAAGGGCCAUGACGCACGAUAUGGUCGUCAAUCGUGGCGCGAUAUACAAGGCGAAUAUGGCCAACAAAAGCGCUGCGGCGGCUUUGAAAGGUCAAAUUACGGGUUUACCCGUAGAAUCCGUGAAAGGCGAAACGAGUGGUUCAACAACGGAAUCGGCGGGGAACGAAACUGCCGAUUCAGCUAUGACAGAUGGAGUCUCAAAUUCAGCUGAAGUAAGUCUGCAGACUUCCCCAGGAUCCGCCCUUGGGAAACGAAAGGCCGAUAUGCUCGAAGAUGCCGAUAGCGGCACCCCAGGGCGGAACACACCUCAGCCUGGAACUCCCAAAACACCAUCAGACGAGCCGGCGGUGGACAAUGUUCGAUUGUGGGAGGAAGGUUAUGCCGAUAGAUAUUAUUCGCAAAAAUUUGGUGUCCAUCCGAGUGACAUUGAAUUUCGUCACAAAGUUGGAAGAGCCUACGUGGAGGGGCUUGCAUGGGUCUUACUCUAUUACUUCCAAGGCUGCCCUUCCUGGGACUGGUAUUAUCCGUAUCACUAUGCGCCGUUUGCAGCAGAUUUUGUUGACAUCAAAGAUAUGAAGAUCAGCUUUGAAAAAGGCAACAUCUUCAGACCCUACGAACAGCUCAUGGGUGUCCUCCCGGCCGCAUCAAGACAAGCCAUACCUGAGGUUUUCCAUGAUCUGAUGACAGACCCCGAUAGCGAGAUCAUCGACUUCUACCCUGAGGAUUUCGUGGUCGAUUUGAACGGCAAGAAGUUCGCUUGGCAAGGUGUUGCUCUACUGCCUUUCAUCGACUCUAAACGGCUACUUGAUGCCAUGGCAAAGAAGUACCCUUUGUUACCGCCAGAAGUGAGCGCUCGUAAUGGCGUUGGCAGAGAUGUCCUCCUUUUCGCUGAGGCGCAUGAAGAUUUAUAUGCCGAAGUCGCUACGAAUUUCUAUUCAAAGAAACAGGGGCUACCGGAACUCAAGUUGAACCCCAGAGUCACUGAAGGUCUAACUGGAAUAGUCGAGAAAAAUGGGGUGCAUCUCCCACAUGGAUCAUUGACCUUCCCUCUGAGCGACGCAAUGCCCAGUCUCGAUGAUGAUCGGUCCAUUAGUGUUCAUUACGAAAUGCCCAAAUCGAAACAUGUCCAUAAAUCAAUGCUAUUGCGGGGAGUGAGCUUUCCUACUCCUGCCUUGACUCAGAGCGAUAUCGAGAUCACAAAGGGACGUGCAUCCAAAUCGGGCCGUUCCUAUGGUGGUGUUCCUCUCAAAGGUGAUGGAAGAGGCCGGAAUUCCUUCAAUUAUUCAGGGCCGAAUCAACAACAGGGGCAAGAUAAUCGACAGCCUUAUGGGGGACAAAACGGCUAUAACGCAGGGAACUACCCACCUCCAUCCAACUAUCCUCCCCCACCGGGUGCGGGCUGGCAGCCUCCUCCGCCAGGCCUGGGCGGAUUUGCUCGUGGGCCUCCUCCGCCUCCUCCCGGAGCCUACGGAUCAUAUGGUCGCGGAGCACCACCACCACCGCCUAGCUAUUCCCAGCCUCCUUCAUAUGGCUAUAACGCACCACCCAACCAGGGCCGACCAGGAUAUGGUGGACCCGAUGAUCGACGGCGAGGUGGUGGUGAUGGCUAUCGGGGUGGGGAUUCAUACCGGGGUGGCGAUUCAUAUCGAGGCGGUGGUUCCUACCGUGGACAACGUUAA